UUCAAUGGCGUGGACCGAACCACGGUCGCAUCCAGAACCAAAGCCAAAACCAAAACUGAGUCCUUAUAUGCUUAGGACUCCCACAACUUUUUCAUCAGCCAUCUUUCAAGCUGGGCCUUCAGUUUUACUGCCCUUCUUUCUCCUGCUUGCUGCCUUUGCUGAUCUCACUAUUGCUGGCCCACCCCAGCCAGCUCGCCCCCCUCUCCUAUCUGGACAGCCUUUUAUCAUCUUCUGGGGUAUCUCUGAUGCUUCCUGCUCUGGUAGGCCAGAUCCCAGAUCUUUCGGAAUGGAACAGGAGGGCCGAGUGGCUGUUUUUUACGAGGAGACACUGGGGAACUACCCUUAUUUCAUAAACAAAGACACACCGAUCAAUGGGGGGCUACCACAGAACACACAGCUGGAAAAACACCUCCAAAAGACACAGCAGGACUUGGAAGCAGCUUUACCUGCCCCAAGAUACCUGGGGCUUGGGGUGCUACACUGGGCAGAGUGGUUCCCCCAGUGGUUAAGGAACCGAGAGAAGCAGGUAAUGUAUCUGGAGGCAUCAAGGAAGCUGCUGAAGGCCUUCUUCCCUAACUGGACCCCAGAGGAGGUGGAGAAGUGGUCACAGGUGGACUUCGAGGCAGCAGCCCAGUCAGUAAUGAUGGAGACUCUACGGGAAGUGAAAAGAUUAAGGCCUAAAGCAUUGUGGGGCCUCUCCCCUUACCCCAGCUGCUACAGCGGCGAUCCUGCCCAAACCAUGUUAGCCAAUUACACCAACCAGUGUCCUUCUGCAGAGAUGGCCCUAAAUGAUGAGCUUCUUUGGCUAUGGAAACGAUGCUCCGCACUCUAUCCUCUCCUCACCCUGGAGAAACUGCAGGGUGGGACCUCUGAAGCCAGGCUUUAUCUGUCAAGUCAAAUCAGAGAAGCACUACGAGUAUCAUCUUUGACAGGGAUGGCGUUUGAUCUUCCUGUAUUCCCACUGAUCAAGAGUGUCUACAUCUCAACCAAUACCUUCCUGUCACAGGCAGAUCUAGUGAGCACCAUUGGACAGAGUGCUGCCAUGGGAACAGCUGGAGUUGUCAUCUGGGAGAGACGUGAGAUGAAGACAGAGAGAGAGUGUCAGGACCUGGCAGAGUUUGUCCGUAAGGUUUUGGGACCCUACUCCAUCAAUGUAACCACGGCAUCUCGACUCUGCUCAGCCUCUCUGUGCCAGGGAAAGGGCCGAUGCAUUCGUCAAAAUCCAGAAAGUUCCACCUACCUCCACCUACCGCCCCCAUCUGAAGUGGCGGAGAAGGGGAUAGAAAAGGCAGCAAAAGCCACAGAUUGGCCGGACACCGACACUAAACCAGCUGUACCAGACACAGCUGAGAUCUGGAAGAAGGACUUCCAGUGCCAGUGGUACAAGACUGCCGACAGUGACGUCUCAGACCAGCAGUCCCCCAAAGAUGGAGCAGUAGAAGAAAAUGUUGGACAAGUAAUAGGGACUACUUCUACCACAGCUUCUGCAACAAAAGGUGCCUCUGUGACUGAGUUAAGAGGAAGCAGUUCACCUGAUACUGGAAGUCCAACACCUUUAAUGGAAGUAACUACAGACGGUGGUAGGAAUCCACUCAGUGCUCCAAACCUUACUGUACUGCUGUUGCUAGUGGCUGGCAGUAUAUACCUGGAACCUUAAAAUGCUAACAAACCAGCCUUCACCUGAAAGGUCUGGGUUAUAACUGCAAUAUGGACCCUUCAGAAGUGCCCUUGAGCAAGACACUGAAUCCCUGCUAACUGCAGGUGUGCUGCUUUGUACCGGAGUAUAACCCGUCUCAUUAAAAAAAGUACAGCUGUCCAGAGCUAGAAAUUCCAAAUUUGUGCCAACAGACAGUGGUACAAACUUUAAGUUUAAACUUAAUGUACUCAGGAGUUUCUCUUUCCAUUAAUAAGUAGAUGCGCUGGGGUAAAAGGCCGGCUCACCAAAAAAGCUAAAUAAAGACAAAAAAAACAUAAAACAUGUCAGCAUAUUUCAAAGGGACUAUUUCUUUAGUUGCUAGAAAAAAUACCAUAGAACGCCACCUGAAGUUGGAUUUCCUACUUGUGAAC